AUGUCGUUCAAUAACGGCGGGGGGAUGCCACCGAAACCGCUAGCAAACCCGAAUCUACCGCUCGCAGGCAUCAAGGUCAUCGAGUUCUCUGGACUAGCACCUGGUCCUUUUGUCGGCAUGGUGCUUGCCGACUUUGGCGCAGACGUGAUUCGAAUCGACAAGACCAAGAGCGGACUGAACCCAGACAGCCUGUGUCGCGGCAAGCGCUCGUUUGCAGUAUCGCCCAAGAGCGCCGAGGGACAGGCUCUGAUCACGCAGCUGAUCAAGUCGGCAGAUAUCGUCAUCGACCCCUUUCGACCUGGUGUGCUUGAACGACUCGGCCUAGGCCCGCAAAACUUUGAAAAGCAGAUCGGCAAAGGUCUGAUCUUUGCACGAUUGACGGGCUUCCAGCGAACAGGACCAUAUUCCAACAUGGCAGGACACGACAUCAACUACAUUGCCCUCAGCGGUCUUCUAUCCAUGCUCGGAAACGCAGGGGGAAAGCCACAGCCACCAUCGAACCUGCUCGGAGACUUUGCCGGUGGAUCGAUGAUUUGCUUGCUCGGUAUCCUGCUCGCAUUGGUGGAGCGAGCGCGCUCCUCGCAGGGUCAGAUCGUGGAGGCAGACAUGGUGACAGGUGCACGAUACGUGUCAACCUUUAUCUUGCUCUCCAGCUAUCUCUCCCACCCAAGCUGGGGCGCGAUCCACAGUGAUGGUCUGGACGAGACACGAGGACGCAACACCUUGGACGGCGGUGCACCAUGGUACCGUGUCUACGCAUGCAAAGAUGGCGGCUACAUGAGCGUCGGUGCGAUCGAGCGACACUUCUACCAAGAGCUUCUGCAGAUUUUGCGCAAGGUGCUCCCUAAGGCACCGCAAGGCACCCAGCAUCCAUCGGCCAGCACGCAACACGAUCGUGAUAGCUGGCCUGAACUGCAACGCUACUUGACAGCUUGCUUUGCCCAGCUACCUCGCUCGGAAUGGGAACGACACUUUAUCCGCACCGACGCUUGCACUGUGCCAGUGCUGACCCGAGACCAAGCAGCGAUUGCGGGAGUCUUGCCAGCUGCCAACCCGAACCAUGUCGCAGAUGGCAAGCCGAUCAUCCCAUCGCCAGCACCAAAGCUCUCCCGUACACCAGCCAAGCCACCUUCGGGCAGUCCAGGCGGAGAGUGGCAAGAAGAGAGCGCCGAAAUGUUCUUGACCCCUGGUGAACACACGGAUGAUAUCUUGCUCGAGCUGGGUGUUAGUGAUCCUCAAAAGCGUAUUCAGCUCUAUCAGAGCGAGGCGAUCGAUGGGCCCGAUCGUCCUGACGGCUUGAUCAGAUCCAAGCUGUAA